CCUCAUCAAAGCCUCUACUGGUGCCUGUGUUACUCCAUUGCUUUUUAUUCCACCUUUCUCCAUGUAUCUUUAUCCUCUAUCUCUUCUUCCAUACCUUUAGUUUCACUCUCUCUCAUCCCUGAGACUUGGAAACAGCCUACAGUUAACAAAAAACACACUCCAUAGUGAAUAAGAUGUCUACUAGGAGAUCUCGUUCAAGGAGAUCGAGCUCUUCAAGGAUCACAGAUGACCAGAUUAUCGAUCUUGUCUCCAAGUUGCAGGCUUUACUCCCUGAGUCCCACCGUCGAAGCACUGAGAGGGAGUCGGCAGCCAAGGUCCUACAAGACACAUGCAACUAUAUUAGGAGCUUGCAUCAAGAAAUGGAUGACUUAAGCGAAAGGCUUGCUGAAUUACUUGCCACAACCGAAACAACCAGCGAUCAAGCUGCAAUCAUUAGAAGUCUUCUUAUGUGAUAGAACUCUUGUAGUACUUGAAUAAUCAUCACUCCUAGUUGGUCACCUUUUUUUUUUUCCUCUUUUUUUUUUUUCUUUCCUGAUCAUUAGGUUGUAGCUAGAUCCAAUGAGGGAAUGUUUAGUUCAAAUUAUGGUAAUACUGUUCGAAGUCUUCUGUUUGUAGAUUAAUGACUUGAUAUGGUCAUCCAAGCACUUAUGGUUGAUCUCUUGUUUUUAUCUUCCACCUAAACUUAAAUUUGAAAUAAAAAAGACUGUUGGCCUUAAUUCUUCAA